AUGAUAUUUUAUAUAAUUACAGAAAAGAACGAGCCAGUAUGGUUUUGCCUAAAAGUGUGUCCACUCUAUUGUGCCCACCGAAGACACGAUGAAGAUGCCUCAUCUCUCAUAUACUGGGACGAAGAUUACGGUUCAAUUGUACAUGAAGAACCUGAAGUAUACCUGCCUUACCAUUACUUCUGCAAGCCUUCCAAAUCUAGACCUACGACUACUACGCCACCAACCACUACAACAAUAGCAACUACCACAGAAGAACCCACAUGGAUAUGUAUGGUAUGCAUGAAGAAAUGUGGAAGUUUAAAGAACAAAUAA